CACGGGCAAGCCGCCUCCCCCAGCCCAACCCGAACGGCACGCCCAAACCCAAAGCCAAGUCGCACUCCUCCUCCUAUCCUCUUCCUCGCCGAGGCAGCGACCGGCCAGCGCCGCAGCAGCAACCCCGGCCGCCGCCACCUCCACCUUCACCGCCCGCGCGUCUCCGAUUCGGCGAAUUUGGGGCUGAGGAAAGAGGAGGAGCGACUUGUCUCUGCUCUGGUGGUUGCAACUUCAGGACAAGAUGCACUUCCUUGCAUCAUUUCACGGCCCUGCAGGUUUUGAGCUUUUGUCUGUUUCGCUGGGAUGGAUGCCAAGAAGUUCCUGCAGAUGGUCGAAGACAAGAAGAAGAGACUCCUUGAGAAGAAGGAAGCCCCACUGAAAUGGCAGCAGAAACUGGAAGCGGCAAUUAAGGCCACUGAAGAGAAGGAGAAGAAGCUCAAGUCAAAAAAGCACAGGAGGCGAAGCUAUUCUUCCUCAGAGUCUGACAGUGAAUCCGAGAGCGACAGUGAUCGGAAACACAGGAAGAGGAAGGACCGCAAAAGGCACAGGAAACAUGGCCACUCUGACUCUGAUGGUGCCAGGAGGUGCAAGCACAGGUCAAAGAGGAGGAGCUCGGACUCUAGCGACGAGAGCGACAGUGAUGAAUAUGAUAGCGAAUCUGAAGAAGAGCGCCCAAGGAAGAAGCACUCGCACAGGAGGAAGCAUCACCGACACUCUCCAAGGUCAGAGUCUGAUGCUUCAGAUUACAGCAGCGAUGAUGAUGACCGGAGAUCAACCAGGAAGGACCACACAAGGAGCCGCAGGCGUCGCCACCGAUCAUCAGACGAUGAAUCUGAGGACAAGAUCAGGUUGAGGCAUAGGAAGCGUCACAGAUCAAGUGACGAGGACAAGCCAUUAGAUUCUGACAUCCAUAAGCGUCACAGGAGCCGCUCUAUGUCCUUGGAUGAUGGUGCUGCUGGUGAGCCAGACAAGAUGAAUGAUGGUAAGGGGUCUCACAAAAGCCGCCACCACCGCCGCCACCACCAUCAUGAUCACCAUGGCAACUCUGCUGAACCCAGUGACGGGAAGCAACUCGUGUAAGUUGUUAAUGCCUCAGAACCUGAUUGGCGUCAUCACUGGGCUCUGUGACGGGAAGGUUUGCCCCAGUUGGCUAGUUGCUGAAUGAAAGCAUGUAUCUUUCAUAAUGUUACUGUCUCAGCUCUGCUGCGACUUCUGAAGCCUGUACUUGUUGUACCGAAACAUUUGGCGAAACCAGAUGUUAUUUCCAGCGUUUCCUCUGUUGACAUAUGUUUGCUUGCUGAUUUGAUGGUUAAACAUGCCUGUUUCAUUUGCUGCAA